GGCCAAUGAUUGGGGUGGUAUCACUUUUCCUUUCCUACUUAUAAAUACAUUUUCACUUUUUUUUCAAAAAACAAAAUCAAUAAGCAUUUAGCGGAGAGAAAGGCAAAAUCUUUUGUAUUAAUACAAUUGAUAUCCAUUACUGUUUUCUUUUACUUAGAUUUUGCUCUUGAAUUAAAUAGAUAAAUAGAGACAAAGAGAGACAGAGAGCCAAUUUGGGCUGUGAGUGUGAGAUGUAUAUGAAAUUUAUGGUUCUUCUCAUGCUUGUUGCUGAUCAAGGGAAAUUUCAAGAAAGAGCGUGGGAAAAAGAGAGAUAAACGAAUUUUUCAUCUGGGUUUCAAACAAAAUCAAAACUUUUUUCUUGCUUUUUCAGGUGCACUUCAAUGGCUGCAAUGGUUUUCAAUUCGGCAAAGAAAAUGGAGUCCGUUAAGCAUAAAAACAACCAAAGCGAAGUUGAGUUUGCAGAGUGUGAUUGUUGCGGGUUAACUGAGGAGUGCACGCCAGCUUACAUUGCUCGGGUACGUCAAAUGUUUGAAGGCCGUUGGCUUUGCGGGCUUUGUUCGGAGGCGGUUAAAGACGAGACAGUUAGGUCGGAGGAAGAUAUUACAACUAAUGAAGCAUUGGACAGACACAUGAAGUUUUGUGAGCAGUUCAAGUCUUCGAGUCCUCCAGCUAAUCCUGCUGAGGAUUUGAUCUCUGCAAUGAGACAUCUGCUUCGAAGAACUUUGGAUUCUCCGAGGAAGAAUAGAUCAUCACCGACCUCGUUUGUUCGAUCCAAAAGUUGUUUUUCCACUCUGCCAAAUGGAGAAGUUAAGAGCGAGGUUUAAGAUGAUGAUGAUGUAUUGUUUGAAAUGAAGUUGAAUAAUGGGCUUUGAAUAAAGCAAACAGAUUCAGAAUUGUUUGGAUUUUGCGUAGGCAAAGUUUAACUUGGAUUAGUCAUGUUUUUGGUUUAUGUAUUGCCGUCUUCUUGACAUAAGGGAUUGGAUGAAAGAAAUUGGAAUCUUCCCUUCAAUAAAAUGAUCAAUUUAUCAAA